AGUUUACAACCGACAGUUGAACUGUUCGCACGCCGUGCCAGCUAAAUUGACUUUUUAUAGCUAUCUUCACUGUUUUUUCAGUAUAUUCUAAACUCCCCUAAUUAUUCUCAGUGACUCCCUCGUGCAUUUUAUCUGCAUGUGCAUUGUUGAAAAAAAAACUCAAACAUUUCCCCCAGCAGUGAUCAAAUUUGUGGAAGAAAAUCUCGUUCAAACUGAGAAUGAUGUGCAAGUGAAAAAUUAAACUAAAGAAUUUUCGUGGUGUUGGAAAUGGGAUUGAAGUGAUGCUGUAGACUAGUGAUUUAAAUUGAGACAGAUUCUUUUUUUUUUUAAUCUAGGAGUGUUUGUAAAUGAUGAUCAUGCAAUUAAAUUACCUCCCUCGAAAAAAUUGAUACACGGUGAAAAGUCCCAAAGUGAUUAUUUCAUCCGGGAAAAAAUUGGAGGAGACGCCAGAAGACUUGAGUGCCAAGUCGUGUGGAUUAAUCACCAAUAGUGUACACCUAUAGUGUGAAAUGAAGUGUUCAAUAGUGGCACAUCGGCACAAAUUACACUUCCUGCAUUGCGAAACUGACCGACCGGAUAAGACAAUCACCGACAGCCGGUGUAGACGAGUGUAUGAAAUAGUUCUUGUGAAUUGGUAAAGCUUUUUUUUUUAAAUUUAGUAUUUAGAACAAUUUCAAAUUUUUGAGAACAAUUCUGGUGGACAAUUCUUGGGACAAGAGAGUGUAGUGUGGAAAAAUCUCGGAUUUGUCCCAGUUUUUGUCCCAUGUGACGUGACAUUUAACAAUGAAAAGCCGAGGAAACUGUGCAGAAGAGCGGCGACAAAUCCAGUGCUACAAGUGUCAAAGAGCAUCCCAAGACCUGUGCUCCCGGGGUGCCCCAUAGGCUCGAGAGCAACACCCUAACCUCGGCGACCUGGGACGCCAUGAAUGUGCGCGUCCAGCGCAAAUGGUGUCUCAUGCGAACUCUAAUGUACCUGUGGAUCGUGGCCUGCACACUGUUAAUGGUUGUCUGGUGUGAGGGCGCUACUGCCAUGCAUCUCACUCCGAGUCUCGCAACUCCCGCAAGGAAUUCCACAUCCCACCACCGGUGGGCGCCACUAGUCACCGGCCACCAGCGCCCCCAUGACCGGUCAACCGGUCUCAAGUCCGAUCUCACCCCCAGCGAUAAACAGGGCCAGAUCCUCCUGCAGCGCAUCAUUGCGGCGGCUAGGCGAACAUCAGGGUUGCCAGAGUGGAUGACUAGGCCGCGCACCCACUCACACCAGCGCCCACGACUGAAAUUCGAUCCAGAUCUCCAGUCAAUGCCUGAGAACCAGGCCGCCAGUUACCUCAGGAGCUCACCGUUUGGGCGCAACAGACGCGAGUCCCGCUACCGACCCAAUCGUGGUCGACAGCGUAGGUACUGCUCAGCCCGCGAUCCUACGGCACUAGCCUUCGAGGCACCCACAGUAUUUGAGGGCAAGGUGCGCUCCAUGAGUUCCGACCGGCGUGCCAACUUCUCAGCCACGUUCGAAGUUAAAGAGAUCCACAAGAAUCAAUCCACCUUCAAGUUGCCGCCACUUGUGCGUCUGCAAUUCUCCUUCGGGAAUACCAGUGAGUGUGACAUCUAUCGUGAAAAGUUUCGUCCGCGCGGCAAUGUGCGCGAUGAACUGGAGCAGGGGAAGGUGUACUUUCUGUUUGUGAAGCAAGUGACCUUGGGUAACUUCACAAUCAUCGGACAACCCAUCAAAAAGACCAAGAAGACACUCAAUGAGGUUAAAACUGGAGCUAGCGAAAAAUAUGGACAGCGCGCCUCCAUUGAAUUUCUCACGGAAAACCUUCCCGUGCGAGAGGGCAAAAAGAUCCGUUUGGUCUGUCGAGUGAAAGGUCAACCGCCACCGAAGAUCACAUGGUACAAAGAUGGUAGUUCCAUAAAAAGAAAUCGCACCAGAUAUACCUUUUCUCACUUUAAGAGAAGAUCGAUCUUGAUCAUUGAGUCGGUAGGAAAAAACGACACGGGACAGUAUGAAUGUCGCGCUAGGAAUAAAUUGGCGAAACAACCUGUUACACGAACAAUGUUCUUGAGAGUCGAUGACCAACCAGAUCAAAAUUGGGAGAACUGCCCAUCGUUGGGCGCCAUGGAGUAUUGCUUAAAUGGUGGCACCUGUCUGUAUUUUAGUGCAGUGGAAGAACCAGCUUGUCAAUGUCCUGAAGGCUUCAUGGGGAACCGCUGUGAGACGAAAAACCCAACAAAUCCCCAAACGAGUCAGGAUCACCGGUUCACAUUUCUAAUGGGACCUGCGCCACCCUCCUCUACCAUCUUCGAUGACGACGAGGAAGACUUCUUUUGAAAGAACCUCGAUUUUUUUUAAAAAAUCUUUCUAAAAAAAAAGAAUUCUCGCACAGUGGCUCAAUUUUAAUCUUAAAUUGAGAUCCUAACUAUAAAUUGAUAAAAAAAUUAUUUAAAAAAAUCUCUGAUUAAGCAAUGAAAAUUGAGUAACCGUGCCUCUUAAAACCUUAGAGAAAAAAACAGAGAAAACUGCCCAUUAAAUCUUCCUUCUCCCCCGUUCUACGCACAAUAAAUAGUUGAUAAUUUUAUAAUAUUGUAAAUUGUUGACUAUAAAGAAAAAGCUUGUAAGAUUAAACGGAGAUUAGUUAAAUCUAUAGGAUUGCAAUGCCAAAGAUUGUAAAUAUAAAAUUAAGAAUAAUCUGUGUUUUAGUGCUUUCUGAGAGCAUCUCAACAUCACACAGUAUCUAGCAGCUGCUUCACUGCAAAUUCUUUGAGUUGUAUAGGGAUGAAAAUAUAGAUAUCUUGUUAAUUUUUUAUAUAAGUAACAAUAAAUGAAAUAUUUCAUGGAUAAAAACAUCAAUAAAAUUGCUUCAAAAAAUAAAA